AUGCCAAAACGGAAACUUAUAAGACGAAGUUCAUUGACCAGAAUUGUAUUCAAGCUCAGUAAGACUAAGAAAAAGAAGAAGAGAAAUGUUCUUCCAAGAAGAUCGUCUCAAAAUGCACAAUUUGAUUAUGGAGAUCCAAUGAAUAAAGAGAGAAAUAAAUCAGAGAUAAAACUUCACCUCCCACGCCUAAACAAUUCAGUAGAUAUUUCAGAUUCUAAUUAUUCAUUAAUUAACUCAAGUGGAACUUUUAAGCCAAAAUAAAGGAGAAAUUUCUCAUAAAAUUUUGAAAUCCAUAAAGCAUCCAAAAAGCAGGUUAAGCUCCUCACAAAAGCAGAACAAGGACAAAGAAGUGAAAUGGCUAUCCUUGCACUACUCAGGUCCUCCAGUAUGGGAAGCAGCUGUCUUAAAGCGACAGAGGGACAAGCUGCCUAAGAACCACUUGAACCAAGAGACCAUGAAGCAAUUCAGAGAGAAGAUAACAAAACAGAACUUGUACCUAAAAUAAGAAGCUACAUCCAGAUUAUAACGAAAAGUUUGAUGACUUCACUACCAAAGAAAUGGAGGAUCGUAACGUCACUGUUUAUGAUAAGAAGAAUACAUAUGAUUUCCAGAGGCCUCCUUACUUCGAGCGGCUGCAGAAGAACCCAGACCUCAGGUUCACUUCUGCUUAUGACCAAGAAGAGGAUGGCAAGAAGUAUAAUGAAGAAGACCUGGAAGGAAUUGAUGCACUUGAUAAUUACGGUUACAAAUACAACAAGAUGUAUACAUUAGAGCAGAAGGUUGCAGAAGAAGAGAAGGAUAAGAAAGAAGCAGAAAAGAAGAAGUCUCCUCUCCUUGACUUCCUGCUUGAAGUUGAUAAAGAAAAGAAAGUCCCUAAAGGACUUGGCCUGGUUAAUAGGAAGAGUAGCAAUACUGAAGUCAAAGCAGGUAACUUCUUGUUCGGUGACCGUUAUGCAAGGUCUUUCUCGUUUGGAAUCAAACAAAGAGUGAAGUUAGAAACCUUGAACCUUGAUGCUAAUAGGCUAAGUGAUUUGGGAUUUCUUGAAAUACUUAGUAGAGCACCUAAAACAUUGUUAGUUCUGGAUAUUUCUAAUAACCCAACUCUGACUAUUGAAACUUAUAAAAGAAUUGCAGAUUAUCUUGAUGUCGAGAACCCUAAACUACGACAGUUAAUUAUGGAAGGGAACUCAACAGGAGAUAAGCCAAUUUUAUUACUUUGUGAGGCAAUAAAAUAUCACCAGCAUCUGAAGUAUUGGAACAUUAGCAAGAAUAAUCUCACUAACACAUCAGCUUUCAAAGUAGCUGAAGUGAUCACUGAAAAUAAAAUAUUAAAUGUCUUAUUCAUGCACUGGAAUAAAAUUAGAGAAGAAGGAGGUCUUGCUAUUGCAACCUCAAUCCAAGACAGUGAAAGUUUACAAAUAUUUGAUAUUUCUUUUAACAACAUUGGCACUUUAGGAAGAGAGCAUUCUGUAGCAAAGGCUCUUAGUAAAACUUUCAAGUUAAAUUAUUCUUUAAUUCAUGUUGAUAUAUCUAAUUGAAACCUUGAUUCCAAGGAUAUUGAAAUAAUCAACCAGGGAUUGACUGACAAUCACUGAAUUUUAGGCAUUCAUAUGCUCGGAAAUAUGGGAAAAACAGAUGCACUAGGAUUCUUACAUAAGACAGAUGAUAUAGACUUUGCUUUAGCCACUUUAUAUACAAGGAUAAAACCUAAUUUAAAAAGGGGUCAUAAGCAUAAUUCUCAAGCUAUCAGUCUUCAAGCCUCCUCAAAUUGAUGGAUCUGAGAAGGAUGGACAGAGGUUAAAUUUGAAUUCGAUCCAGAUCUUGUUUUCUCUGAAAAACAUGACCAAUAUGUUCCAAUUUAUCUUCAACUAUCCAGUGAUGAGUUUGACAAAGACUUGCUACUCCCUGAUCCUGAACAGCCAGGAAUUUACUUCUCAACAAGAAUGGUUCCUCCAGGAAAAGUGUCUUAUUAUUUUACUAAAGAGAACCUAAAUUAUGUUUCUCAAAACCAGCCGAUUGGGAAGCUAAAUCGUACUACAGAGUUAUUCAUGGAUGUUCCUGAGACUAAUAUCUUAGAAAAUAUUAUGAUAUCUAAUUCUCCAAUAACUGAGACUCUUAUUGAAUCGAUGAGCUGCAUUCCUAGGCCCCCUCCUAAAGUGCUUCCUGGCAGGGAGAAACUCAAGACCCCUUGGGACUUCUUUAAAUCUGUCUUCAGAGAAUACAAAAGAGAUACUCCUGCUCUCCUCAACAAAUGUUUUGAGUUUGACUGGGAGAUGUGAAAAAUUCCAAGGAUCAUUAAGAAUCCAGAUGAGCUUAAGCUGAUUCGGAAUUAUCUCAAGAAGAAUUACAAACAUAUGAGGGAACUUUAUAAGUAUUACUCUUCUGUAUCCCCAAUGGGUAAUAUAUUCUGCAUUGGAAACAACACAUUUAAUGAUAUAAUUUCACACUUUGAUGGUAUUAUUGAUAACCAAACUCUUAAGCUAGCUGAUAUUGACCUCGAAUUCGUCUCAACAAAUGCUGGACCUAAGAAGAGCAAUCCUCGAAACCCCGAGAGAAGUUUAGUGCGGUUCCAAAUGAUGGAGAUCUUUACUCGUAUUGGGCUAACAAAGUUUUUCAAAACUAAAGAGUCUCCGACUCAGGUAGAAGCAGUCGAGAGAAUGUUUAUCAACUAUAUAUUACCAUUCACAUCCAAAUUUGAUAGCAAUAAAUGGAGGAUGGAACAGCUUUGGAAUGAAAAGUGAGAUUAUGUAUAUAAAAGAUACCUCAUUCAAGUUAAAACUGUUUAUGAAAAACACUCAGGACGUUUUGCUAUGCCCUCAGCCACAAGAUAUAUGUCCUUUGAAGAGUUCUUCGACCUAAUCUGUCUGUCUGGAGUUGUAGAUGAUACCUUUGGACAAAGAGAAAUUGGAAUCUGAUAUAAUCUCUCUAUGAUGACUCAAAGAGAUGAAAUAGAUAAAGAUAAACAUCUUAAUAUGGUAUUAGUAGAGUUCAUUGAGGCUAUUGGAAGAGUAGCAGAUAAAUUAUCCCUCCCACCUCCUUUUGAAAAUAUGGAUGGAGUUCCAGAGGGCAUUGGAGAAAAUAAAGGAGACUUAACUGGAUCGUCAAGAAGAGAAAACUACAGUAGCCUUCCCUUACAUGUUAAGAUAGAAACAUUUAUUGUUCAACUAGUGAGAGCCACUCACAAAAAUGACUACUUCCAAAAACUAUGUGAAAAGAUGAGUAAAUUCCACCACUCCCAGGCUGUUGCGAAGAAAAAGAUGAAAUUUGCUGUUGUGGAACAACCCUAUCGAGCAAAAAACAAGAUCCCAAAAAACAUGAAAGUUAUCGUAAAGGAAGAGGAUGAGGACGUAGCCUAGCCUUCCUAACAUCUAAUUCUCAAUAUUAGCUUAA